AUGCCACCCAAAGCAGAAAGGAAACGCACCCCCGGUCCUCACAAUGGCUCCCCUCUCAGUCCGCCAGCGGGCGAAGGAUCUGGAGCUCCCAACCCUCAGCUUGGUCAGGCAACUUCUCCGCUCACAUCGACACUUCGUUUCAAGCGACAAUCAGCAGCCGAGUACGCUGUAGCAAGCAAGGUGCAAACUUUUACAACAGCCCAGCGCCUCUUUCUUGCACACGACUUUGAAUCUGUCAGUAAAAAGCCAACAAAAUUAGAUUAUUACAACAUUAUCUACCUUUUUAAUCCGGGAACCAAAAGUCGCCCCGGUCAAGCCAAGGAUGUACUCAAACAAGCUUUCUUGGAUGAAGUGCGACCUCUACUUCUACCGUAUAUCGUGGCGCCUCCUCCUGUCGCUAUGGAGACAGAUUCUACUGAGCCCGAUUUUGACCCUCUUGACCGCAAGACCACUCGAGGAAUGCUCUCAAAACCAAUCUCUAUCAAGGCCCCUCAAUUCAACUUACCAACCUCUGCAACAAUCAAUGAUACCUUGAUUGCAUAUAAGUAUUACGUUGACCCUCAACUUCCCCUUAAGCCCAAUGAUCGAUUUGUCAAAAGACCUCGAACUGUCCCUGUCAAUCGCCUCAAAGGAGAAACUAUCGAAGACAUCCUCCUAGCGUUGCGCUACUUGGCACCAAAUGUAUUUGUACGAUCUUUGGCCAUGAACAAGCCGUGCCUUGUUGAUAUCUAUAUCAAGUUUGUCCAUGAACAAAAAACAAGUUAUGUCAAUGUGAUCUGCCACGCUACCUCGGUCUUCCAAUUGAGUGGCUUGGGAGUUUGUCAGGGGUUUUAA